UCUCUCGAGCUCUUUCUGUCACUGUGUGUGUGUCUCUCUCUCGCUCCCUCCCCCGGCUCAGCUGUAAACAGUGCGGGCCAGGGAGACGAGCGGUCCGGUAGCUUCCGAAGCACUCCCCUGAAGGACCGAGCGACAAUACAAAACUGUGGUGCACUGGACCCCAGCGCUGAUACUCCGACAGAGAGUCGCUGGGCGAAUCGGACAAGUAACACGUUAGUCGUGAUGUUAGCCCGUUUGGGGCUAAUUGUGCUACCGUAACUGUAAACUCCACAGGGUCUGUCCUUUUAGAGGGUGACUCUGUCUGCCGAUCUGACCGGGAUUAUGUUUUUUCUCUGUGGACCAUACCCACACAGCAGAAGACUCCUAUGCGGAUCCGCCUUCAAGUCGCCCAACCCGCGUUACUGUCACAUUCGUUUUGGCUCCGCCUAGAGGAUCCGCUCCGCCUCUGAAAAUUGUACUGUCAGACAGCGGAUCCUGAGCGGAUCCGUGUCUGAUUCGCGUACGCGGCAAACUAAACCGGCGCGCGCCGCCUAGAGUAUAGGCUCCGCCUACACGGAUACUGAGCGAUCAAUGUCUGCACCCGCGGACGUGGACGCGCCUACUGGUGUGUACGCGCAUGAGCCAAGAUCGAUCAUUUGUGGACUUUCUUUGCUGGAACACGAACCAUCAUCUACUGCCUGGAUUUUUGCCUACAACUGCUCCUGCUGCGUUCGCUUAAUCAACACAAACAUGAACACAAAGACUGUGCCUGUCUCUUUAUCAACCUUAAGACAAAGGACAAGUGUAGACGUUCAAAAAAGGCUUCAUCAUUGUGUGGCUGAGGUCCAGAUCCUUAGCCUGCUGGAAACUAUUAAACACACCCAAAACCAGCUGAUGGCGAAGGUCAACUUCUUAACCAGCAGGUUGACCAUUACCCCGGGGCCAGAAGUUGAAAUGCCGGCCAAUAUCCAGUUUCCACUGGAACAGUUGGAGGCAGUGGAGGCAAUUUUGAAUGAACCAUCAAAUGGCCCAACUCGACAAAGAGUGAUUUCUUCUUUGGCCACCAUUGGAGGCCAGGAUGUGAAGCGGGUGACCUGGAACAUCCUGGGCAGGGUGUUCACAGAUGACGUUUCAGAUCAGAUCAAUUGGAAGGGUGUCAACAACAAAAAGGCCUUUAGCAGAAUGGCAACAAAGACCUUGCUUUUCAAGCCAGAUGAGGUGGUUCGGGCAUCUGGUCAGGAUGCCACCCGAACGCCUCCCUCGGGAGGUGUUUCGGGCACGUCCGACCGGUAGGAGGCCACGGGGAAGACCCAGGACACGUUGGGAAGACUAUGUCUCCAGGGUGGCCUGGGAACGCCUCGUGAUCCCCCAGGAGGAGCUGGACGAAGUGGCUGGGGAGAGGGAAGUCUGAGCUUCCCUGCUUAGGCUGCUGCCCCCGCGACCGACCUCGGAUAAGCGGAAGAAGAUGGAUGGAUGGCAUAUUUUGUAUUGUAUGCUGUGAGAAAAAAUGUGGUGACAAGGUCAGCCACGGACGCUGAGGUCACCAAACACGCCAUCAGGUGGUUCAACCUGGCGGUGGAUCGGGCAACCAGGAGACGAGUGCCGCCUCCACCUCCUCAGGAGGAAUAGAAAUGUAUCAAUUAAACAAUCUUUUAUUGAA